CGCCCCGGUUCCUCCCCUCCCGCCCCGGGCGAGGGAUGCUGAGGCUACAGAAGUUGCUGAAGCGCGAGUGCGUGUACGCCGGGAAUGCGGUGUGCCAGAUGGCGAGGAGACCCGAGCUCGUGUGCGGAGCCAUCGCCGUCGUCUGCACUCUGGUCACCCUCAGGGUCACGCUCAGUCGAGCAAAAGAUGUUGUCAGAAUGGCUCCACCUCCUGUUAGAUUUUUCUCCCACAACUCUCCUGUUAUUGAUCUGUACAUGGGACAACUGGACCAUAUGGAAAGAUAUUGCCAUAUGUCUGAAGUUACUUUCGUUAUGUUUUAUGCUCCCUGGUGUGGGGAGUCUAUAUCUGUCCGCGGAGAGAUUGAACAGAUAGCAAGAAAGCUUUGGGAUCAGGUAUUGUUUCUUGCUAUAAACUGCUGGUGGCAUCAGGGGAAAUGCAGAAAGCAAAUGAAUAUGUUUUAUUACCCUGUGAUCCACUUAUAUCAUAGAAGGUUUGGACCUAUUGAGUACAAAGGGCCUCUCACAGCUCCUUACAUUCAGAAGUUUAUUCGACAGGUAAUGAGUCCACUUCAGUAUAUCCCUACUCAAGCCACCCUGCUGGACUUCCUUUCACAUUAUGAACCAGGUAUUCUUGGAUAUUUUGAAUUCAAUGCAUCACCACAGCCUCCAGGUUACCUGACGUUGUACAUCUCUGCAUUGCAUGCACUAAAAAGUGAUUAUCAAGGAACAAUUCGCUUUGGUGUGAUAACAAGCAAGAAAGUGGCAGAAGAGAUAUCUGUGACCAAUCCUGGAACCAUUUACAUGCACAGACAUUUCAACUCCUCUUUAGUCUUUCCUCAUGAUUUAAAUUUCACUGCUGUGAAUCUCUACACCUGGGCUUUCGAGAACAGAGAAACGUUCAUACGCUGGCUGAGGCCGCACGGGGGCAAGAGCCUCCUGCUGAACAAUGAGCUGAAGAAAGGCCCAGCACUACUGCUGUUUCUCCCCUUCAACCCACUGCACGAAAGCCAGCCACUAAUGGAUGAAAUAAAGGAAGUUGCUUUUCAAUAUCACAACUGCCAAAGGACCACAAAUAUUCACAGUUCACUACAACAUACACAAGGUGCAAAGGAGUCUGACCGAGAGGAUCCAUCCACAGAUUCGUCUCCACAUCCAGUGGAAACUCACUUCUUGGCUAGGAAGUCUUGUUGUAAUACAAUAAUGCUUCCCCAGUGUCAUUCUGUGUCCCGGAUGCACAAUAUCUGUGAGUUGUGCAUUAAUCACACUGUUAGAGUAAAGCCGAGAGUGGUCAGUAUACAGAGAUGUAACUUCAUGGAGAUGGAGGCAGCACUGGAUUCAUUCUACCUCAAUGAACAAUUAUUUCUGAAUUUAACGUCAAACAAGAUGGAGUGCACCAAUUUUUUAAGCUCUUAUAGUCCUUUCAACUAUUACAGUGCAUGCUGCAGGACAUUCAGCAGUCCACUUACUAAUUCCAAAGCUAUCCACACCCUUUCACCUUCAGAAUUAUUUUAUAAUGAAGAAACAAUUGGGGUGGCUUCGCACAGUUCUUUUCCUCACGUUGAGGACAGUGCAUCAACUCGUUUAGGUCUGCACCACAGUCAAAUCAACAUUACAGGACUGAUCUGUAAUACUAAUAAAACUCUGAACUUCUACUUGCUGGAUUCAAACUUGCACUGGAGUUUUGCCACUAGGUUAGGAGCCAACGAAUCUGCAGAUGUGAAAGAAUUUGCUACAGUCGUUAACCUACAUGACGAAGUUCACUAUGUCCUUGACCAAAAGCAGAUGCUUGAUAAAUCUUCUAUUGAAAAUAUUAUUAAAAAUUACAGCAGUGUGUACAGUCCACUGAAUCGUCAUCUUGUUGCUAACCCCAAAGCCCAAGCUCAGGAAGAACCUUUAAUCACUGAAAUAACAACUCAGAUAUUUGACAGCAUCGUACUGGACCCUGAAAAGAAUGUCUUAUUACUCUACUACACUCAGUGGUGUGGAUUUUGCACUGUUCUGAAUCACUUGUUUAUUCAGGUUGCCAUUCUCUUCCGUUCCAAUAACAGAAUUGCAAUAGCCAGAAUCAACGUGGCUAAAAAUGACCUUCCUUGGGAAUAUAUGGUCGACCAUUUUCCAACCAUUCUCUUUUUUCCAAGUAUCAGGAAAGACUUGAGUGUAAAGUACCCUGAGGAUCUGCCACUAACUGUUCCCAACCUUGUCCGGUUCAUUCUAUUGCAUUCCACCAGAGCAGUGCCCGAAGACCCAACACAUUCAUGUAACCCAGACUGUGUCCAAAAAGCAGCAGAACUACAGCAGGACAGAAUUGAUCAGCUGGAGAGCGAGAUUAAGAAACUGCGUGCAGAGAUCAAAGCUCUGAGCCUAGCUGAAGAACAAGUCGCUUUCCAGCUCUCUGCCACAGAACAGGAGAAGCGCCACCUGAAGCUCAGUAACCAUGUGCUACAAGAGAAAAAUAAAGAGCUCAAACGUCACAAUGAGAAACUCCAGCACCUCUAUACCCAGAGGAGCACAGAGCUUGCUGAAACUGCUGAGAAACUUAAAGAGAUCGCAGCAGUCUCUGAGAAUCUCCUCACCGAGAACACUUUGCUCAAGCUUUAUAUGACAACAGUGGAAGAAACCUUAAAGGACGAUAGUUCUCCUUCUUUAGCCCAGCCUUUGUCAGAGGAAUCGGGAUCAGCCUCAACAGCUAUGGAAAACACAAGCCAGAAAGAGAGAGAGACUCAAAAUAUGAUUGAGGAUAAUGAAAAUACAGAGAAACGGACAGACACAUGAGCCAUAUUGCUGCUUCCAACCUUUUUUUUAAAAAAAGGAACACAAAACUUUGUUCUUGUAUACAGUGGAAGAUAUUUACCUAACUUCUAUUGAAAUGUCUGUAGAAGUUUCUUCCCUUGGACUUUUUUUUAAAAAGUAUUUUUAAAAGAACUCUUAUUGUCCAAGUUCCAAUCUGGAGCAUCUUCUCAGACAAAAAAAAUUCUUGGAAAAAGGAGAAAUUCUUUAUUUGUUUACACAUAGAUAUUGCACUAAUGUGAUACAGGUUACAUUGCAGGUACAAUUUAACUUAUGUAAACUAAAUGAAUUAAUGGGAAAGUCUGGCCAUAAUGAGUACCACAAUCUAUAAUUUUUAAGCAGAGACAAUUUAGUACUGUUUCUCCCCUUCCCACCCCCCUUUAAUACACGCUUCCAAUAAAACAAACUGCUCAGCCA